AUGAAGUUCAGGGGAAAAUUAGUUGAUGUUGGAUGCAUACAACACUUUACAAGAAUUGUAGGUACUGUAUCAAAGAUGAUAAAAACUUGUGUUUUAAGAAUAACUAUAGAUAAACUCUAUUUUAUUUUAACUGAACAAACUGUAUCUGGUGGAGUACAAAUAUGGUGUGAAUUACCUCAGGGCCAUUUUUUUGAUGAAUAUGCAAUGGAAGGAGUGUCCGCUGAGGAUAAUGAAAUAUUUUUAGAAUUAGCACCGGAGAAUUUAUUACGUGCCAUGAAAACAACACAAUCAGCUAAAUGGGUCAAAUUAAAACUAACAAAAAAACACAUUCCAUGUUUAACUGUUGAAGGUGAUUUGCCAACUAUCGGUUCACAUCAAAGAUUAGUAGUACAUGAUAUACCAGUAUCAGUUGUUGCUAGAAGACAUUGGCAAGACUAUCAGGAACCUUUAAUGCCUGAAAUAGAUGUUAGUAUUGCAAUGCCUCAAAUAAGGUUAUUAAGAAAUGUUAUAGAUAAAAUGAAGAAUCUAAGCAACUAUGUAGUUAUAUCAGCUAAUAAAAAUGGUGAAAUGAAAUUACAAGUAGAAACAGAUAUGGUAUCUAUUAGUACACAUUUCUUAGAUCUAAUAAACCCUACAACAAGGAGAGAUUCAAAUUCCCAGUCCUCGUCACAAUCUGAUCGUGAUCCAUCAGAAUUUGCUGAAGGUAGAAUUGAUAUUAGAAGAUUUUCUCAGUUUUUAUCCAGUCAACAAGUUAAUCCACAAAGAGUAGUUUGCAAUAUAGUUGAAAAUAAAAUGGUUCAUUUUUACCUCAUCAAUGAAGAUGUAUCAUUACAGUAUUUCAUGCCAGCAGUAGCCAGUUAAAGAAAAAUUGUAUAUGGCUGCAACUAAAAAAGUAUACCACUACAAAGUUAUUCAAAGCAGCUGAUUUGAAGUAUUACCAGCAAUCACUGAACAGUGUAUUUAUAUUUCAAUAAAUGUUAUUUGUUUCAUCUGAGAUGUUCUUGC